UUUGCUUAUCUUGAGAGUCUUGACGUAUGUCCUGUCAUAACCAAUCCUUAGUAUUCCUUUUCUUGCAUUCUCUCUCCUCUCUCUCUCUCUCUAGGCAACAUAAAUAAAGAAGGUGGUCUCCAUAGAUUUCGGUGAUCAGAAUUAGCGGAUAUGCAUAGUUCAAGAAUAGAAACGUUUCUGAGGGUUCUGUCCACAGUUCUCUUAGUACUGACUGCCUGUCUUGUGGGGUUCGAUUCUCAGACCAAAGUUUUCUUCUACACAUACGCCAGAAAAGCAACAUUCAGAGACUUGAACGCUUUAUAUGUUUUAGUGUGGGUUGAUGCUGCUGCAGCUGCUUAUAAUUUGAUCCAACUAUUUAGGAGUUUCAGAAAAGAUCUGGCGGAUAAUUCUUACACAUAUCUGCGUUGGGGAACUUACCUUCUGGACCAGGAAUUACAGGCAGCGUCCUAUGUGGUGUUUGCUGCCAACACGGCGGCCGUGCAGGCGUCAGUGCUGGCGCUUACUGGCGAGAAAAGUUUCCAGUGGAUGAAGUUGUGCAACAGAUACACCAGGUUUUGCAUCCAAAUUGGUGGGGCUCUGGCCUGUGGCGUUAUUGCGGCUAUUUUAACGGUGAUCAUAUCUUCCAUCUCAGCCUAUGCUCUAUUCAGACUUUACUCGCCAAAGCACUUCCUUCUGCUCAAGGGCAGAUGAUAUGCUGGUUGUCUGUAUAUGUCACCACGCUGUAAUUGUAGUAGUAAUACUGUACAACGUUGUUUCAUCACUUAUGGUUUGUGAUUGUUUUGUUGUACUAAGUUAAAAGUUUGGUUGGAGUUCUAAUUA